AUGAAAUCUAAGAUUGUUCUAAAAGAUUUGGCAAAACACUUUAGAAAUCAAUUUAGAAAAAGAAGAACCAAACUAAAAGAGAUGCCUGAGAAAGCUCUUGCAAGUCUGGUUUUAGAAACAAAAGAAAUACCAAAAAAGUGGAAAAUAGCACAAGCCUAUUCAAUCCUAAAAGAUGUAGACUGGGAAUAUAAUCUGAAUAAUAUUAGACCAAUAGCACUAAUUGAAACUUUUAAAAAGUUAGUUACAAAAAUAAUAACAAGAAGGUUAGCCAAAAUAUUUACAGAAAGAGAAAUACUCAAAGAACCAAAUUAUGCAGGCUUGCUUGGCAACUCAACAGAGCAGCCAAUAUAUAUAUUAAAUAUAAAAAUAGAAGAAUGGGCUCUUAAAAAAGACAAGAUACUACAAAGAACAAUUAAAUAUAUUAUUAAUCUCUUCUAUAAAUGUCAACUUAAAGUGAUUACAGCUCAUAGCUUAACAGAAAAAAUAAUAGUAGGAGAUGAUAUAGAUCAAGAAGAGCUUUUUUAUGAUCUAUUGUUGGAAAGGAUUCAAGAAGAUAAAUCAUUAAGCUAUACAGUAGAGCAAGAAGUACUAAAAAAUACAAACAUUAAUUGUAUCAUGAAACAUAGACAAGCAGUAAUUGCCUAUGUAGAUAAUACUAUAUGGAUUACAAAAAGCAAAGACCAACUGCUAAGAAUUCUUAAAAUUGCAGAAGAGUUCUUUAAAGCAAAAUAA